AUGCACAAGACUCCAUUCGAGAUCUUCCACAACUACAAGCUAAGUGUCAAGCACAUGCGGGUGUUCGGUUGUCAGGUUUACAUACUGACACCGAAGGAGAAGCGGCUCAAGUGGGACCCCAAGGCUCGCACUGGGAUAUUCUUGGGCUACGAAGAAGCAUCCAAAGAGUAUCGCGUUUAUGACAUCGAGGCGGGGCAGGUGGUCAUCAGUCGCGAUGUCAACUUUGACGAGUCCGCCUUUGGACUUUCGCCGCCAACCACCGCUGGAGACGCCGAUGACGUUGACUUCGACUCCCUCGAUCUGGAUGAUGAAGCGCCAGGUCAAGCGCAGUACAAGCAAACAGGCAAGCGCAAGAGUCAUCCCUAUGAUGAAGGAGUACCAGCUCCACCCACGCGCACAGUGCGUCAACGGCCUGGACUAGAAGAAUCAAGUGCGCCAGACAAUCACGCGACCCACCAAGAAGAAGAUGAAGAAACAAAGAAUGCUGAUGCAUCAACUCCGCCUGUGUUUUGGCGUGCGAGUGCGAACGCCAUCGAAACAGCAGUGGACUUAUCCGAGCCAUCGAAUUUUGAAGCUGCGGUGAGCGGUCCUGAUCAAGUGCAUUGGCGCGAAGCUAUCCGUGCGGAACUUGAGUCGAUGCGACUUCGUGAAGUAUUCCUCGCAGCCAAGCUACCUAAAGGAUAUUGCGCCAUUGGCACGAAGUGGGUUUUCAAGAUCAAGCGCAAAGCGGACGGAUCAAUUGACAAGUACAAGGCGCGUCUUGUGGCAAAGGGUUUCAAGCAACAAUAUGGGAUGGACUACACGGAAACAUUCUCGCCUGUCGGUAAGUACGUGACGCUGCGCAUGGUGAUCGCAGUCGCCAAGUAUUUCGGAUGGACCAUCGACCAACUCGACGUGGUGACGGCAUUCCUGUAUGGUGUCAUGAUGGAAAAAGUGUUCUGCGUCAUCCCUGAAGGCGUGGAAUUGGAGGGCUCCUUCGAUUGUCUGGAGUUGGUGAAGGCAAUCUACGGACUAAAGCAAGCGUCGCGCGUAUGGAACGAAACGUUUGACGAGUUCGUGUGUCCUAUUGGAUUUCAAGCGUCAAGCCUCGAUCCGUGUCUCUACAUAAGGAUUGUGGAAGGGCAAUGCGUGCUGCUGCUGGUGUAUGUGGAUGACGUGUUGAUCACCGGUAGCUCAUGCGAGAUAAUUGCACGCACCAAGACCGACCUAAAGACACGAUUCGAGAUGACUGACAGCGGCAAGUGUGCAUUUGUGCUUGGAAUCGAGCUUUUGGACGGCUCAGAUGGAAGUGUGACACUAUGCCAGCGUCGGUAUGUAGAUGACAUACUCAAGCGCUUUGGCAUGGAUGAUUGCAAGGCCGUCGCAAGUCCAGUCGACAUGAGCUCUCGACUUGUUUCAAGUGAUGCAGCCACCAAGGUCGAUGCUCCUUUUCGCGAAGCUGUUGGUGUGUUGAUGCACCUGACCACUGCAACGCGCCCGGAUAUUGCGUUCGCCGUUGGCUAUGUGUCGCGAUUCAUGGAGAACCCCCAAAAAGAACACUGGGUUGCGGUCAAGCGCAUCUUCCGCUACCUACAAGGCACCAAGAUGCACGGAAUCUGCUACAAGCCAAAUGCGAAGAUCGACUUUCGUGGCUACUCGGAUGCAGACUGGGCCGGUGACCUCGCUGAUCGCAAGUCGACGUCUGGUUACGUAUUCAUGCUGUUGGGUGCGCCAGUGACUUGGGGCAGCAAGAAACAGCCAAGUGUUUCGUUGUCCACGAGUGAAGCUGAAUACAUCGCACUCAGCUUGGAGAUUCAAGAGGGCAAGUGGAUUUAUCGUCUGCUUUGUGAGAUCAUGAUGGCUGCCAAUGAAGAAGGACUGGAGCUCACGAUCCAUGAAGAUAAACAGUCGUGUAUCAAGAUGAAGAAGAACCCAGUCAACCACGGCCGUGCCAAGCACAUUGAUAUAAAGUACCAUCACAUCCGUGAUGAGGUCAAGCGCGGUGAAGUGAAGCUCAAGUACUGUGAAGCAGCGGUGAUGUUAGCGGACAUCGUGACGAAGGGACUUCACGGGCCACGCCACAAGGAGAUGACGGCGACUCUCGGGAUUUGUGCGUGUUCGCAUUGA